AUGGGUAAUGACGAUGAUCAUGGAGGAUCGACUGCCUUGCUCCCGUUGUUCUCCCUCCUCUCCUCGGCUUCCUCUUCCUCUUCUUCCGCUUCGAGCUCAAGCCUCCAAAUACGUAGAGUAUUAAAAGCCCCGGGCCGGCCCAUUGCGAUUCGUGCGGAUCAAAUCACCGAUACUAAGACCACUCUCGUCGUGCGCCCCCAAGGCGAUGCCCAAUCUGCCGUGGCGUACAAGAUCGAAGACCUCGAUGGAGUUACCCUCUUCACCGCCACCGGCCGCAAGUUCUCGCACCGUCCUUGCCGCGAAUUCCGCGAUGCCUCGGGCCUUCCGCUGUUUGAGCUGCACCGACGCCUCUCUUUCCGCAACAAUUGGUCCGUCACGCUCCCGGGCUCGUCCCUCAAGGAUAAAACCUACUCGCCACUGGCUACGGGUUCGCGGCGUCGCGCAAGUCGCCGAUCGGCCGCUUCCUUUGGCUCGACCACGCGCGGGGGAAACUUCACCAUCACCUUUGAUAAUGUCGCCGCCGUGGACGGCAAGCAGCCGGAGGAACGGGCAAUGACCCUAGAGGUGCAGCGGCAUGGGAAUGUCCUCGCGCUGUUCGACAUCGUCGAUGGGGAUCGUAAGAUCGCGGAAGUGAGGGAAAGUAUCCGCCAUAACGAGAAGCUGGCCUUGAUGCCGGCCUCGCGCGUGGGCUACAGGCCUGUGUUGGAUGUCAUUGUGACACCCGGGGUGGAUUUGGCUUUGGUUGCGACCAUCGCGGUCAUUGCGUCAGACACGGUUUUUGCAUCGAAUGAUUGA